AUGCCUAAUUGGUGGCACGGCUCCCUCACCUCCAUCCCGAAACCGCAAUCCCGCGACGACAGCGCCAUUCCCUCCGCCAACGGGAAGACCGGCUUCUUCUCCUCGCGCCGCCAGCGCAUCCUCACGCGCGCCAAGAAACUGCUCCAGCCGCUCGACGCCGCCUCGCCGGAGAAGUACCGAAACCACUCCUCGCGGCCUGCGCCGCCGCCGUCUCCCCUGCCGCUGCCGCUGCCGGAGCUCCACGUCCCGCGUGAGUCCAGGCACGACUCGUGCAGCGUGCCGCUGCCAUCGCCGGAUGUGGUUAAAGCGAGAGAGAGGGAGACGGCGGAGGACGACGGUGGUCAUACGAGAAAACACUUAGGUAGAAAUUCCCCAGAAAGGAAAAACCCAAAUGUAACAUCCUUUGAAGGCUACGGCAGCGCUCCAUGCAGCCCGUAUUCAAGCACCGAGCUAAGCCCGGCCCGGAACGACAUGUGGGGAGCUUACUACCCCACACCACAAGCUGCUAUGUUCCAAGUUUGGUUGGCGCCGGAGAUGCCUUUGAAUCCCCACCACAGGCACUCAGCCAGUCUCGAUGCUUCCCCUCUUCCAAGCCCCGGAGUGACUCCAGGGCACCGGUUGCCCCUCCCUCCUUUGUCGCCCAUGCGUGAUCUCACCGGUGCCUCACAAUCCACUCACACCCCCCUGCAAGUUGCUAAACAUGAAUUUGCUCCUACACUUGAACCCAUCAAGUCUAAAUGGCAAAAGGGGAAGCUUAUUGGAAGGGGUACCUUUGGGAGUGUGUAUGUGGCUUCAAACAGAGAAACUGGAGCCUUAUGUGCAAUGAAAGAAGUUGACAUAUUACCUGAUGACUCAAAGUCUGCAGAAUGCAUACGACAAUUGGAGCAGGAAAUCAAGGUUCUCAGCCGCCUAAAGCAUCCAAAUAUUGUGCAGUAUUAUGGGAGUGAAGUUAUUGGUGACAAGUUUCUUAUCUAUCUGGAAUACGUGCACCCUGGUUCGAUCAAUAGAUUCAUCAACGACCAUUGUGGAGCCAUUACGGAAUCUGUUGUGCGCAAUUUUACUCGUCAUAUUCUCUUCGGAUUGGCUUACUUGCACGCCAAAAAAACUAUUCAUAGGGACAUUAAAGGUGCUAACUUACUUGUUGAUGCAUGUGGAGUUGUGAAGCUUGCAGAUUUUGGGAUGGCAAAGCAUAUGCAUGGACAAACAGCGAACCUGUCCCUGAAGGGAAGUCCAUACUGGAUGGCUCCAGAGCUUCUGCAAACCACGAUGCAAACAGAUGCUAGUUGGGACAUGGCCUUAGCAGUGGAUAUAUGGAGUCUAGGAUGCACUAUCAUUGAGAUGAUGAAUGGAAAACCUCCUUGGAGUGAGUACGAAGGGGCUGCAGCCUUAUUCAAAGUUCUCAAGGAGACUCCACCAUUACCACAAACAAUGUCAGCAGAGGGUAAAGAUUUCUUGCAAUGUUGCUUUCGGAGAAACCCAGCAGACCGCCCAACGGCAACUAACUUACUAGACCAUCCCUUUGUCAACUACUCUAACACUUCCACCCAAUCAACAAAGAUAAAAAUAGGACAAUUAAUGAGAAUCAGACGAAAAUCCCAUAUGUCACACUUAUGA